CCACAUUAAACACUUGGACCAUAAAAGGACACAGAGACCAGUGACCCGCUUCUGAACCGGUACUUUACCCCGAGGAGGAGCCCCACCGGCCCGGACAGACCGGACCGAGCCGAGCCUCCACCUGCUGCUUCUCCGCGCGCCUCCUGCGCACACCGAGCCGGCACGCGCGCGGCUUAUCUAAUCAGAGACCACGUCGAUAACUUUCACUUUCCGGUCGGAUGUAAAUGCUGCGGGUCGCUCGCAGCGGGUCCAGUUAGACAUCAGCGGUCCUCUUCAGCCCGCCUCACCAUGAGUCUCUGGACUAACGGCUCCUCCGCGGACCUGCCGGGCUCCAACUCCUCCAACGGCUCCCAGCACCGCGGGGCCCCCGGCGCCUCCCCGCUGGACCUGAGCCGGGCCGUGCCGGUGGGCAUGGUGCUGGCCUCCUUCAUCAUGUUCGCCAUCGUGGGGAACAUCCUGGUCAUCCUGUCCGUGGUGUGUAACCGCCACCUGCGGAUCCCCACCAACUACUUCAUCAUCAACCUGGCCAUCGCGGACCUGCUGCUGGGGACCACCGUGCUGCCGGUGUCCGCCACGCUGGAGGUUUUGGAUUACUGGGUCUUUGGUCGGAUCUUCUGUGACAUCUGGGCGGCGGUGGACGUCCUGUGCUGCACGGCGUCCAUCAUGUCUCUUUGCGUCAUCUCCAUCGACCGAUAUAUUGGCGUCCGCUACCCGCUGCAGUACCCGAUGAUCGUCACCGAGAGGCGGGCGUUGCUCGCCAUGCUGGGCGUCUGGAUCCUCGCCAUCGUUAUCUCCAUCGGCCCGCUGCUGGGCUGGAAGCAGCCGCCAUCACAGGACGACACCGUGUGUCUCAUCACGGAGGAACCGUUCUACGCCCUCUUCUCGUCGCUCGGCUCCUUCUACAUCCCGCUGGCCGUCAUCCUCGCCAUGUACUGCCGCGUCUACAUUGUGGCCAAGCGCACCACCAAGAACCUGGAGGCCGGCAUGAUGAAGGAGCGCCAGGAGGACUCCAACGAGCUCACCCUGAGGAUCCACUGCAGGAACCACCAGAUCCAGGAGCUGUGCCCCGCCUCCAAGGCCGGAGGGGGCGGGGCCUCAGCCGCACGCAGCACGCUCACCGUCAAACUGCUCAAGUUCUCCAGAGAGAAGAAGGCCGCCAAGACGCUGGGCGUGGUGGUGGGCAUGUUCAUCCUCUGCUGGCUGCCUUUCUUCCUGGCUCUGCCCAUCGGGUCGUUCAACAGCAGCCUGCGUCCUCCUGAAACCUUCUUUAAAGUCAUUUUCUGGUUGGGAUACUUCAACAGCUGCCUGAACCCCAUCAUCUACCCCUGCUACAGCCGCGAGUUCAAACAGGCGUUCAUCCGGAUCCUUCGCUGUCGCUGGAAGAGGAAGCGUCAGGGCUGGCAGGCGUACUACAACUACCGCUGCCAUCAAGGCUCCAACAACUCGUCCUUCCUGAGCGGCAGCCAGCAGACUCUGUCCUCCAUCAGCCCCAGCCCGCGCUGCGUCGCCUCCAGACUCCGCCCCUCUGACCGAGACCUCCUUCCCGGACAGACGGGGAGAGGACGGCCGAGCUCCUUGUCCCCGCUCGCUAAGGAUGCCGGGACGGCGAUGCGGAUUGGCUCGGGCCGGUGAUGAACGUAAAGGAGGAGCAGCAGCCACGCAGGAAGGUGGAACACUAACUGACACACCUGCUGCCUCAGGUGGCCACGCCCCCACCCUGCCACGGACAGGACGUGGUUUAGAAAAAACGCACAGGUGUCACUGAGGCGUCGUUCAGGUGUGAUGACGGCACCCCCCCCCCCCCCCUUAGCCUACGUAACUCACCUGGCGGAGCUGCUCACUGUAAAUAAACACACGUUAAAGUGUUUUUUUUACCGUCCACUGCUAACGAAGCUCCUACCUCUGCUGCACAUGUGCAACAGCUCACACAAACUACAUUUACCAGAACUACAAUAUAAAGAACAAAACUACAAAUAAAAUGAAUAAAGAAAUCAACAAAUUAAAACUAACUACAAAGAUAAACAUCGGCCAUCUUUCUUUCUGUAAAAUAGAAACUACGACCUUUUCACUAUUAUCCACGUGUUUUAUUUUGAAAGUCAGAUGUUGCAUAUUUAUUAUUGCUAACUUGGUGAUUUUGUUACAUAUUUAAUUAUUGUUAUUUUUUCUUUCUUUCUUUCUUUUGCCAAAACGCUUCAGACACUUGAGCUGAACCUCCUGAAAUAUUAUAUUAUUAUUUUUAUUAAUGAGCUUUAAAAAAAACCUGAGCUCUUCUGUAAUGAGUUAUUUAUUUGUCAAAAUCAUUUGGUAACCAAACCUAAAUGAUUCAAACUGAGUAAAGUUAAUUGUAAACAUUACUCUAUAUAUGUUUAUUUAUUGAGCUAACUAACUUCAAACAGCAUUUAUUUUGAGAAUCUUCCCUCAGACUCAUCAGACGAUUGUCCGCUGAGCUGAACUGUUCUGACUUUGUAUUUGUGGAGAGAAGUUGGAGGUUUUUCCCUUGAAUACAGUGUGAUCACAGCAGCGUCUGGCGGACGUCAGAGGAACUGCAGCUGCUGGUUGGUGUUUUUUUAAAUCAAACCCCUCCCAGAUGACAAACCUGACCCAGCCUGCAGCUUCUCUAGUGGAUGUAAUGACUGCUGAGCCCAGCUGCCUACAGGAUGGACUGAUCGUUGCUGGAAGCUGUAGUUUAUUCUCUUGAGAUGGAGCUAGGCUCGCCGUUUCCCCCUGUUUCCAGUUUUUGUGCUAAGCUAGGCUAACCAUGUUGUGGACCUGUCUAUGUGCUGGAGAUGAAACUGAUCUGUCUGGAGGAGACUGACGACAAAUGUUUGAGUGUUCAUUUUAAUAAAAGACAAAACUUGA